AAUGACUCAUAGUUGUUUAUGUUUGUUCAAGUCAAAAGAUUUUAUCUUUUGUUUUUCAUUUGCUUUAUCUUCUGAAUUAAUUAAUUUAAUUAAUUGUGUUUAUACUAUGAGUCUUGUUGCUGGACCAUCGUCUUCAUCGUCUUGUGCGGGUGAUAAAAAACGCGCCAGGCUUGAGAAAUUGAAGGAACUUGGUAAGAAAAGGGCUGAGGCUAUUCGAGAGAAUCACCAGGAAGUCGUCGAGGAAUAUAAAAAGUCUCAGUUACCUAAAAACUGGGCUAGGAAACAAGAGUUUGUCGAUUACAAGAUUAAUGAAGAGGCUGAACGAGAAGAAGCUAAAAAGAAAGGAUUAGAUUAUGAUAGAGUUAAAAUGUUGAAUAUUCAAGCUGAUGAAGCGGAAAAGUCUGAAAAAAGGAAACAAGCCAAACGAAAUGUUGACCCAGGUUUCUCUGGAUUUGAAGCUGCAACUGCUCGUCAAUAUCAACGAUUGGUGAAAAAUAUCAAACCUGAUCUUGAGGAUUACGAAGAUGUUAAAAAGACCAUGGGUGAUAAAGCCUUUUAUCCUAAACUGGAAGAUAUGUUUGAUCCAACCUUUAAAGACACUAAAGAAGGAAUUGAUAGAAUGGUUGAAGAUUUGGACAAACAAUUAGAAAAGAGAGGCAAGUUUAGUCGUCGCCGAAGGUACGAUGAUGAUGCUGAUAUCGAUUUCAUCAAUGAAAGAAACAUGAGAUUUAACAAGAAAUUGGAAAGAUUUUAUGGUCAAUAUACAACCGAAAUCAAACAAAAUUUGGAACGUGGAACUGCUGUUUAAUUGUUUCAUCUCUUUACUUUUAUACAAUUAUCAACACGAUUACAAAUCAAAUCACAUCUUCUUAAAAUCGUUUUACACGUAUCUAAAUUGGCCUCGUAAUCGAUCAAAACAUUUCCUCGAUUGAAUUCUGGACUCGUUCCAUCAAUCAUUUGACCGAAUUCAACUCUUUUAAUCAUCUUCCUCAACUCGAUUUUUCUUUGGUCAAAUCUUCUCGUAUCGUGGUGAUUCAACAUCUCUCACAUUACUGUUAAUAUUAAUGACCAACAUUGAACGUUCAAUGCUCAAAGGAUUAACAGAAUCAAUAGAAACACCAAGAUUAUUAUCAACGUAAACACCAAUACAGUCACUGCACGACGAAUGGCAAUCCUUUUGUUUGGUUCAUCCAAUUCCUCUUGGUACUGAAAAGGCUCCAUAAUGUGAACAACAAUUAAAUCAAACGAGGAAAAAUUAACACCACAGACAAUUUAAAACACCUAUUGAACAUCCAGGUAGUUGGUUUAAUCUUAUAUUCGUAGGUAAUCACAAUAGGUUGGUAUUAAUGAUGAAUCAAAUCUCUUGAUCUUGAUUACAGAUUAUAAAAGUGUUUAUAUUUGUAUGUAUGUGUAAUAAAUUUAACAAUCAAUUUCGUCAUAAUUAAAACGUUGAAUUUAUUAAUAA